CCAUUCCCCGGAUUGGACGGUCGGGUGCGCAUUUCAGCAAUACUUCCCACCAUGCUCUGCGUGGUUAUGUAACAGGUGCGAGUGGAACACCCAAUCUCCAUCUCUUCCACAUCGGAGACGUGACGCGACGAACAGCCAGCCGACUACCCUCGACCCACCGACGGUAAUGGCACCCACGGCUCCAAACAACUUCUCCUGGGUGGACCCGGGCCGGGUGGCCGGACUGGCUCUGCCCCGGAUGACGGCAGAGUACCAGUUUCUGCUGGACGAGGGAAUCAAGCAUCUGGUGUGCCUGUGUGAGCACAAGCCAAACAAUUACGACACGUGUCCAUCAUUGCGGCUGCACCACAUCAAGAUGGCGGACUUCACUCCGCCUUCGCCCAGUCAGAUCGACAGGUUCCUCGCCAUCGUGGAGGAGGCCAACGCCAAGGGAGAAGGCGUGGCCGUCCACUGCAUGCACGGCCAUGGCAGAACUGGGACCAUGCUGGCCUGCUACCUGGUCAAGACCAGGAAGAUGUCCGGCAUUGAGGCCAUCGACGAGAUCCGCAGACUCCGCAAGGGCUCCAUAGAAACCCACGAGCAGGAGAAGGCGGUGGUGCAAUUUUAUCAACGCGUCAAAUAGGUGAUGAUGUUGAAAACACAUUUUUAAUCAUAAGGUGUACGAGACUACAUCAAAAAGGUGAACUUUCUGUACAAGGCAGGGGGGUCCAAAGGUCUUCCUGAAAAAUGAAAGGAUGCAAAUUUGCAGCAUUUUUGUCCCUCGCAGUUUUGCAGUCUGACCUAUGAUCUUCUAUUAUUCAAAACAUAUAGAAACACAAGUGUUAUUUAAUAUUCUCGUCACUAGGUGGCAGUAAUGACACAACAUUGAGACAUGACCAAGCUGCACAGCGGUCGAGUGGUUAGCGCUCAGACCUCACAGCUAGGAGACUGCAGUUCAAUCCCACCCUCGGCCAUCUCUGUGUGGAGUUUGCAUGUUCUCCCCGUGCAUGCGUGGGUUUUCUCCGGGUACUCCGGUUUCCUCCCACAUUCCAAAAACAUGCUAGGUUAAUUAGCCACUCCAAAUUGUCCAUAGGUAUGAAUGUGAGUGUGAAUGGUUGUUUGUCUAUAUGUGCCCUGGGAUUGGCUGGCCACCAGUCCAGGGUGUACCUCGCCUCUUGCCCCAAGACAGCUGGGAUAGGCUCCAGCACCCCCGCGACCCUCAUGAGGAUAAGCGGUAGAAAAUGAAUGAAUGAGACAUUACCUUACAUUACAUUACCUUAACACUUCAUGGAGUCAUGGCAUGGCCGACGAGUGGGUGGGUAAAAAAAGGUUCCCCUCGCAUUCCGUGUGGAAGUGGUAAGCUAGCUUCCUCGGCUAAGUUUCUGGUCCGGUUAACUUUCUGGUAACCUGGCUAACUUUCUGGUACUUUCCAGUUUUCCAACUUUUUUCUUCAUAAUUUUUGUCUUUAUUCUUGGCAAAAUGGCCAUUUUUUUCUAUUUUGCUUUGGACACCCCUGCUACUAAUGAUACUAACAUCAAGUGUUUGCUGCUACUCAGCAUAAUGCCAUCAUUUUAGACUGUGAAAUUGUACAUUUGAUUCAACACAAGUUGUCCAAGCGUCCAGCUCGGUUCAUGCACUAGAUGGCGGAGAAAACAGACGCUGGCGCUCCUUGAACGUCAGCUUCUCUGGAGCCGACACCCUCCGUGUUUUCUCGUCCUGGCACCUGUGGAUCCACACACAAUGCUUGACUUUCCACUCCUAGUGGAUACUAUUUAUUCAUGUCAGGGUUCUUCUUCUCAGGGAAGUUAACACUCACUUUCUAAACUCCGGGGGACCUUGAAGGCAUCCACUUGGUGUGUGAUCUGCCAAGGAAUGAGAAUACGACAAUAAAAAAUCUGUAUGAGUGACUCCUUGCCACACAGAUUCGUCAUCAAUCACCUUUUUUCUCACGCUUUGGGGCGGGAACGCUUUUUGUCUGCGCUUUAAAAUUGCUCUCCGCAUUUCCCAGCAUGGUUCUGUCGUUCUAGAGGAAGAAAUAACGUAUUAUACAUCCACGCUGACGAAGGCAAAUCCCUUCUUGUACUUCAUGUUAUCUCCCAAGCGGCAGUGCGCCAAAGAAAAGGAAAGCCAUCAUUAGCAGCAAUAAAAUAAUGCAUAAGGCUAAAAAUAACCAAUUACGUAAAAAUGUCAUCCAAUAUUCUCUACAAGAGAGGAGAAAUAUGAUCUCAGGGAAGAAGUACAUUUGAAACACUUCUAUGCUAGGACUACGUUAUGCUAGCCAUAGCAUUUCAGUAUGUGGAAUCAAACUAUGGAAUGGAUUGAGUAAGGAAAUCAAACAAUGCACAACGAUGAGCCAAUUCAAGAAACAAUACAAGCAGUUGAUGUUUGCUAAAUCCAAGGAUGAAGAGUCUUGAACCAGUCAUGAUGUGCUAUAUAUAUCACUAUAUUGACACGCACUAUGGUACACAUUAUGGCAUUGGAUGCUCAUAUCACACAGUACUUUGGUAUGGGAUAAAAAAUAAAUUAAAAAUAAAAUAAUUUUAAAAAGUAACAUUUAUGUUUAUGGUCAUAUCACGGACUUCGGUACAUGACAAAAAAAUAAAAAAAUACAUUAAAAAUAAAAUAAAAAUAUAAUAAAAUAAAAACAAAUUAUAAAAUAAGGUUUAUGGUCAUACCACCUCGUACUUUGGUACGUGACAAAAAAAUAAAUUAAAAAUAAAAUUAAAAUUAAAAUAAAAUAAUAAAUUUUUUUUUUUAAAUAAAAUAAAGUUUAUGGUCAUAUCACCUCGUACUUCGGUAUAUGACAAAAAAUAAAUUAAAAAUAAAAUAAAGAAAAUUAAAAUUAAAAAAAUAAUGUUUAUUUUUUAGUUUAUUUUUAUAAAGUUUAUUUACUCCAUCAUAUUUGGACUUUAGUCUUUUCCCCAACCUAAUUUUUGUUUUGUUUGUUUUUUUAAAAUAUAUAUUGCAACUUUAUGGCUGUAUUUAUGUGGAGAUUUCCACAGCCUAUUGCAGAAUAAGUAAGAAGGAACGCACCAAUGGACACGAGGAACGUUUCCCAGUCCUGAUGCCUACCUGAGCUCUUGUGUCCAGCUGCUGUAUCAUCACCAUCAUAUCCAUGUCUUCUUCAUCAUCUUCAUCAUCUCGUCGUUGCUGAAUCUCCCUCAGCCUCUUCUGAAACCGCCAUUCCAGGCUCAGGUUGCGAUGUCGUCGGGUCUCCUCCUCUUUAGCCUCCUGCUCCAGGGGCUCCAGCUCUUGUGACCUCGGUCUCUCCUUCAGCUUCUCCCUGGCCUGUGUAUGCUCCUGGAGGUCUGCUGGCCCGGUCGGUUGCUGUUGGGCGGGAGGUUCUUGGAAGGAAACGUGCUUGGUGGGGGUGAUGCUCACUUGGGGUUUUGCUAACAGAGGGAGAUUCUUAGCAGCAGCCGUGGGACGCGUGGAGUUCUGGAUGUGUCCGUUCACUCGGAGGGUUUGACUGGCGCUCUGCUGGAAUGUGGUGAGCGGAGGAUUGGCCCCGACACCGGGGGACCUGGUGACAGGGAUGUCUAUGCGUAUAGGCUGGAUGGAAGGCGUUGGUGUGGCUUGUUGGGAAAAUGGAGUUCUCCACACUCCGGCGCAGGUGCCCUGGUGCGCACUGGGUUUGUCAGAGAAGAUGUCUUGGGAGGAGAAGCCGGGGCGGAUCGGCAGGUGAUGGUGGUAAUCCGUGCUUAGCUUUGCACUCCGGUUCUGACUUGUGUCCAGCAGGGGGCCUCCUGUGUCCACACACAAGUUCUCCUGUGAGAGAGCUGGACGCUAGGAGGGAAGAGCAGAGAUGUUUGUUAGUUUGCUUUUCCGUUGAAUGAACAAAGCAUUGUCUCCGUUUACUGCUUUGGUUCGUGCAGGGGUGUCCAAAAGGAGGCCCAGGGGCCAUUUGCAGCUUGCAAUAGUUUUUCUUAUUAGCCAACACUGCAUUAAAAAAGAAAGCAAAAGUGGGAAGAGCAUCAGAAUAAAGUCAAAAUAUAAAGAGAAAAAAGUUGAAAUAUUUACAUUACAAUUUUUUUUAAUAUAUAAUUUUAAUUGUUUUGGAAAAAGUUAUAUUAUGGGAAUAAAGUCAAAAUAAAAUAAUAACAUGAAUAUAUAAGAAAAACGUUGAAAUGGUUAAAAAAAAUCUGCAGAAAUGGAGCAAAAAUCGUGAUAUUACAAGAAUAAAGUCAAAAUAUUAACAGGAAAUGUUUUAUUUAUUUAUUUGUUAAUGAGGAAAAAAUGCACAAUUUUACCAGAAUAAACUUGUAAUAAGGAAUAAUCAUUUUAGUAGCAUACGCCGUUUUAAAUCUGAAUUUUUAAAGUUUUUUAAAUAUUAUGAGAAACAAACAGCAAAAUAAAGUUUUUUUUUUAAAUUAGGUUGUGGAAGAAGUUACAAUAUUUCGGAGAAAAAUGUCAAAAUAUUAUGGGAAUAAAUUUAAAUUUCUAAUUACCAGAAGGAAAAUUACACGGAGAAAGUUGACUAGAAAACAAACACCCCCCCCCCCCCCACAACAAUAUUAAAAAUACAAAAGCAGCAGUAAUUUUCCAAGAAUAAAGUCAAAACAUUUAUAGAAAAAAAAUUGUAAUUUUAAGAAGAUAAUGAUUAUGAGGAAAAGUAGCAUAAAGUUGUAAUUUUUUUUAAAAGGCUUUACCUAUUUUACAUGGUAAUAUUAGGAGAAGUUUUGGAAAAUUUAGUUGCACAAAAAGUUCUAAUUUCAUGGGAAUGAAGUCAUAAUAUUACACAAAAAAUGUACAAACAUUAUUUACAAAUCUUGGGAAAAUGCAAAAAAAAACCAACAAAAAUGGGGAAAAAGUUAAAAAUCAAUAAAAAAUUAAAGUUAAUUAAAAAUAAAAUAAAAAAGAAAAGCUUUUUCACCAUGACAGUUUCAGAUGCUAACAUGCUCCUACUUAGCGUAUCUUUACAAAAGUGGCAAAGUUGCAUCCUUUCACUGUCACUAUGUGGCUCGCUGGGGACAAGGUUUGGACACCCCGCUAACAGGGUGCUAUGCUAACAGGGUGCUAUGCUAACAGGGUGCUAUGCUAACAGGGUGGCGUCACGCUUUACCAUGAAGGUCCUUUUGAUAACGGAGCUGUGUCCUCCUAAAGGCCUCAAGCACACUUGGAACAUUUGCUGGGGUCGGCUGCUCUGGUCCUGAGAUUUGGGGGCUGGGAGGGUGAAAUAUUCCCUGCGGAGCAUCUAAACACGGACAGGAAACGCCAGCGUCGUCGGGUCAGACCCUUCCUUUAGUCAAGCAUUUUAGUAAAAGUGGAUAUUAAGGGUGCCACAAGAUCUCGCCGCAUUAAAACAGGAUGACGGGAUCUCUCGCUCUUUGAGAUAAUAAACGUAUAAAUGAAAGCAAUUAGCAUUUAGAUGCCUGGUAGAACAACGGAGAACAGAGUGAGACUUCUUAUCAGUCAUACAGAACCAAAUGAGGUGGUUCGGCAUCUAGAUUCGGUCUAGAUUGUUUUCAGGGAAGAUCUGACCAAGACCCCACAACCUGACCCCAGAUCAACUUCUGGUUCUCGUGGACCCAAUCUUGUGCGAGCGUUUGUGAGACCUUGUGACACCUUUAGUGGAUUUAUGUUGAAAAUUCAUACAUGGGUGCAAAGAUUAGCAGCAGACUUAUUCCCGCGCACAUCUCCAUCAUCUCCAUCCUCCGAGGCGUAAUCUGCGGGAAGAACAACGGAAGACCAAUACCGUGCGAGCGCGAGAGCGAGAGCGCCAAAGGGAUCAAAAUGGAUGCCACUUACUGGUCAUGUUGGGAUUGGAGCGAUAAAACUGACGGUUCUUCUGCAUGAUCUGCUCCAUUUUGCUGCCCCGUCCCCGACGACUCCACGGUUGACCUGGAUCCUCGGCAUCGCGGUUGGCCGUGACGUGGCUGCCACCCUCCCCUGUGGAGAGAGACAAGGUGGUCAUUUGGGCCACCGGACCACCUAAUUCAGACUGUUAGCUUCCUGUCGGAGCGGUGUCGGGGUUUGGUUGGCAUUGCCGGCAAUGACUCGUUUCCAGUGAGGGUUGGCGUCCCCCAGGGCGGCCAUUUAUCACCCGUUCAUCCCAAAAGUGGGAAGUGGGAAGUCAAAAUAUAAAGAGAAAAAAGUUGGACAGAGAACACAAUGUUUACAUUAAUUGUUUUAAAUAUAAUUUUAAUUAGCUUUAUUAUAUACAAAAAAUGUUGGGAAAAGUUGUAUUAUUAUGGGAAUAAAGUCAAAAUAAAAUAAUAAUAUGAAUAUAUAAGAAAAAAGCUGAAAUGGUAAAAAAAAAUCAGCAGAAAUGGAACAAAAAUUGCAAUAUUACAAGAAUAAAGUCAAAAUAUUAACAGGAAACAUUUAAUUUAUUUUUUAUGAGAAAAAAUGCACAAUUUUACCAGAAUAAACUUGUAAUAAGGAAUAAUCAUUUUAGUAGCACACCGUUUUAAAUCAGAAAUUUUGAAGUUGUAAUAUUAUGAGAAACAAACAGCAAAAUAAAGUUUGUGGAAAAAGUUACAAUAUUUAGGAGAAAAAUGUCAAAAUAUUAUGGGAAUAAAUUCAUAAUUAGCAGAAGGAGAAAGUUGGCAACAAGAAAACAACCCCCCCCCCAACAAUAUUAAAAAUAGAAAAGCAGCAGUAAUUGUCCAACAAUAAAGUCAAAACAUUUAUAGAAAAAAAGUUAUUGGUUAUUAGUAAUUUUAAGAGGAAAAGUAGCAUAAAGUUGUAAUUAAAAACAUCAUAAUAUUAUGAGAAUUUUGGGAAAAUUAGGUUACGCAAAAAGUUAUAAUUUAAUGGGAAUAAAGUCUUAACAUUACACAAAAAAUUACAAAAAACAUUUACAAAUCUUGGCAAAAUGUUUGGGGAAAAAAUUAUAAUUUUAUGGGAACAAAGACAUAAUAUAAAUCAUAAUAUAAUAAUUUAAGUCAUAAUAUAUAAACAAAAUUACAAAAAAUAUUUACAAAUCUUGGCAAAAUGUUUGGGGGAAAAAGUUAUAAUUUUAUGGGAAUAAAGUCAUAAUAUAAAUCAUAAUAUAAUAAUUUAAGUCAUAAUAUAUUAAAAAAUUACAAAACAUCUUUACAAAUCUUGGGAAAAUAUUUGGGAAAAAGUUAUAAUUUUAUGGGAAUAAAGUCAUACUAUAAAUCGUAAUAUGAUGAUAUAAGUCAUAAUAUAUAAAAAAAAAUACUAAAAUUAUUUACAAAAAAAAAAACCUCCAACAAAAAUUGUGAAAAAGAGCAAUUAAAAAUAAAAGCUUUUCUUUUCCAACGGAUUCUGGGCUUCCCUGCUUCGUUCGGCAGCUGCUGACUCGGCACUUCCGACCUCAGAAGAUAAAUGGAGAUCAGCAGAUGGGAUUUCUUUUUACCUGAAAUCCUGGCAGCGGUGGGACCACACAGCAGAGCCCCAAGACCGUGGUGGCGUGCGGCAAACUUUGCAACUUUUAAAGAGACAGCAGGGCCAGUUUGUGUCAUGAUGGCCGCCGCCCUGAUACGACAGAAAUCAAACUUUUAGGGCUCAGUGUGAAAAAGGUCCCGGCUUGUCACGUGGCGCUGCUACCUCUCUUGGCUGAGGCCCAGCAGGCUGCGUCCGUCCACGCUGAGCAGCUGAUCCCCCGCCGUCAGCUGACCGCUCUGUACCCAAGAUGGAAGAUUUGAGGGGCGGCCGACCUCGGGACGUGAGGCGUGUCCGAUCACAACUCACCAUGGCCGCCGGUCCUCCCUCGACUACGGAUUUAAUGUAAAUCCCAAGGUGGUCCUGGCCCGCCCCCUGAGGCAGAAAUAGAGUACAUUUAGAAAUAUUUUUUCAAAUAUUCAAAUUCUGCUACUAAAUUGACAUUAUUAUUCCUCAUGAUUGAGUCUUGUGAAAUUGUGACUUUUUAUCCUGGUAGAAUGUGACUUAUUUCUUGAAAUAUUUGGAUUUUAUUCCUGUAAAGUUAUAGCUCUUUUUUCUAUUUUUUUAUUUAUUUUUAAUUUGUUAAAAAAAUUUUUUUUAUAAUAUUAUGACCUUUUUCCCAUAACAUAACUGUUGUUGCCGUUGGCUUUUGGUUCUGUCGUUAGAUUUUACUGCUAUGUGUGCCACAAACUGCACAUGGCCCAGACUUUGGACACCCUCCCUGGUCUCGGGCCUAACCGGCGAAUCCGAACAACCAGCUUCCGAUGAGUCGACUAAGACAAUAAUGGCUAGUUCCAUCCCGGUUUACCUUGGCUGCCACGAUGCUGACCCCCAUGCUGCAGUUUAGGGGCUUCCUCAGGGUGACCGUUAGACCCUCCGGCUCUUGCUGGCUUUCCUUUUCAGGACAAAAUGUUCAGUCUUGGCAGGACUGCUCGUUGAUUGGCUCUUAAUGGUUUACCGUGUCUGGAAGUCCAGCGGAUGUCGUGGUGUCCGUAAAGAAGAUAGUCCAGUCACCUUGCGGGUUGUGCUGAGAGGUGAAGCAGCACAGACCUACAAAAGGAAGAAGGAGAACCUCACUUUCUUUUGUGAUAUUCAAUUCCCAGUCCCUUACCUCGGUGGCAAAUGGGUUCCAGAAAUUCCCGAAAGCCGGGAGGGGUUCCUCUCACGUUGGAGCAGGAGUAUCCUCCCUCCGGCAGCAGGAAGGGCAGGCGGAGAUGAAGGCUCUCCUCUAGCUCGAUGUCUCGUCCUUCUCGCUCAAUCUCUCGGUCCGCAGACGCCUUGGCGGCCAUCACCACGGCAUCGAUCAAAUCCUGCGGCAAGACGGUGACAAUGAUAAUGGUAAUGCUAAUGCUAAUGCUAAUUUUUGGUUUUCAAGUGUCCAGUGAGGGCCACAUGGGCCGGGGUGGCGUGUUUGCUGGAGCCUAUCCCAGCAGUAUCCCAGGUACACGCCGGAUGGGCGGGGCCAUUUGUGCUGUUUUCCAAUAAAAGGAAUACUGUGGGGGUGACGGAAUCAAACCUUACAGCGGGGAUGGCGGGCUCAUCGGUGGCGUAGAAGUACCCUGCUAGCAAGGCUUUCAUCUGCAGUGAGUUCAGCUUGAAGCACGUGUUGUGGAUCGCUGCGGCGUCUUGCGUCGUGUACUUCUUCAUGGUCAGUAGCGUGGUUGCCUGGACGAAAAGAAGGUUUUCAAGAUGCGGCGCCGCCCCUGUUGGGACAACAACCCACCUGGAUAAUGUGGCCCAAGUGGCAGUCGGCAGCCAUCUCCAGGCCCUGCCUCUCCGCCCAGGCUUCGAUGCCCGUCAGCCUCUGGCGGAGGGCCGCCCCCCAGUAGUGUGAGCACACGCCAGGGGCGGCUACAUCGGCGUCGGGGUUCAUGAGGCGGUUGAAGAGCCAAGAGCUGAUGAAGUGGAAGAGCUGGGAGAAGAGCUGAAUGGCGAGGGCGGGGUUGACCCGGUAGCGGCGUAGCAGCGACAUGGUGCUCAGCAAGGUGUUCAAGACCAUCUCUGUCGGGAGCGGCACGGAACGCAAACAUCAGGAAGUUCUUCUGGACGUGAGCUAUGGAUUGCAUCACCUAUCCCGGCAGGCAGAAGACCGUGUUGCUCAGGAUCCAUGAAGAACCUUGGCAGGUGCUUCUCAAGCUCACUUUGGAGACACCCAAUCAGCUGGCUAAGGGGCAAGGGGGGCGGGAUAAGGCUCGCAAAGACGACACCCAAAUGGAAAAAUUCAGGCAUGGGUGCACCAACCUGUAAGCCUGGUGCACCAGGUGGGACAGGUCCAGCUGACUUUGCUGCGUGAGCCCGCUGAGGUCGGCGUCAUUUCUGAAGAAGUUCAGCAGCUCAGACGUGUUGGCCAACCAGAAGGCGAGAGCGCCGGCGAUGCCUCGCUGCCUCUGAAAGAUCUUUCCAAUGUCACAUGACUGGACGCAGCGGUGUGACGCUCAUCGUUCACUUGCCUGGAUAAUCUUGCCGGUCAUGGCAGCCAUUUUGUCGGCGAUGGAGGUCACAUUGUGCGAUGAGGAAGCGGGGCCUUGCAGUGCGGAGCGACCCGCGGCGUACAGGGCGUACGCCGGCGAGAGCUUGAAGUGAACGGUGGAGAUGUUGGCGUAGUUGAUGACCGCGGACAGGAAGGCUUCCUCCACUGAUCGUGUGAGGACAAGAGGACCACGAUUGGGGUUAGCACGUGAAAAGAUGCCAGAGUACUUAUUUGGGCACCCCUGUCUUCCAGUGGGAGCUAAAAGGUACUCCAGUUGGGUUUUCCUUCUGGGUUUUGGUCUUGUUAAAAGGCCGGUGCCGGAGGACCGCGGGGUCGGCGGGGGUUGAUACGGUGAAAGCUGAUCAGAUCAAUAAGAAGGUGCAAGGCCGUUAAGACAUUAAAAAACCAGUAAGAGAAUCUUCAAAAAGGCACCCCUGUCUUCCAGUAUGAGCUAAAUAGGUUUGAGAGUUCUUCUUUGGGCACCCUUGUCUUCCAGUAUGAGCUAAAUAGGUUUGAGAGUUCUUCUUUGGGCACCCUUGUCUUCCAGUAUGAGCUGAAAUGGUGCUGGCGUUGUACUUUGGGCACUCCUGUCUUAAAGUAUGAGAUCAAACGGUGCUAGAGUUGUACUUUGGGCACCCCUGUCUUCCGGUAUGAGCUAAAAAGUGUUACAGUUGUACUUUGGGCACCCCUGUGUUCCAGUAUGAGCUAGCUAGCGUUCUACUCACGGUGGUCAGUGAUCAUAAUUCCAAGUGGUAAUCCCAGCUGGUUGACGAAGGCUGGCUCAGGACAUUCUGUGUUCUUUCUGGCAGCUGUACGAUAGAUACUUUAUUCAUCUCUGAUCGUGAAUCAUCGAGGUGAAGAUGUCCGCAUGAGGAGUGUAUGACUUACGAGCAUCUCCCUUCCAUUUAUUUACUGCAGAUUCUUCUGGUCCUUCUGGUCCACCGUUUGCUGGGUUUCCAUUGGACCUUGAUGUUGAUUAUAAUAACGAGGACAGUAAACCAUCUCCCUUGAACCAAAUAGAACUCCAAUGUUUUACCCGUCCUCCGCAGGCCCGUCAGGCACUUUCUUUUUCUGCUUCUCUUUUCUUGACAGAGUCCUCUUGAAGGUCUGGAUCAUGCCCCCCUUCUCUUUAUUAUGGUUGCUCUCCUGUUGAGCAGCAAAAAUAGAAAUGUACACAUACAUUACUAUCGAUACUAUUCAUACCUCUGAGCCUCAUACCUUGCUCUGCUUGAGCACGAAACGUCCUUCUCUGUUGUCAGAGUUCCAGUUCAGCUGAACCUCCAAAGGUCUUUCAUCCAGGCCCAGUUUACGUUCUUGUGAUGCACAGGAAGAAGUCACCAACAACAAAACUCCGAGGUCCCACAGUCAACUCUCCAACAGCUCCAAUUUUAACCAAAAUGUACGCUGGCCCAAUCAGUUUUCCCCGUAAGACAGCAUACAAAUACAAUAAGACAAAAAUGUUGUGUGCACCAUUGUAUGCUAACAAGAGAAUGUGCUCAAACCGAGGCAGAAUUUCCUAUGUUAACCGAAAAACAUGCUAACCGGAGCGUAUGCUAAUAUUAAUGGCACCAUUGUAUGCUAACAAGAGAAUGUGCUCAAACCGAGGCAGAAUUUCCUAUGUUAACCGAAAAACAUGCUAACCGGAGCGUAUGCUAAUAUUAAUGGCACCAUUGUAUGCUAACAAGAAAAACCGGGGCAGAGAAAAAACUACCAAUGGAGGUACUUUGGCGCCUUUGUCCCGACAGUCAAUGCUGACCCAGGCGUUUGAUCAUUAGCGUGAGCGGUGUCACUCGCUACAUUGCGUAUCAUAUGGCAUACAUUUUACACGUGGCAUUACUAGCUAGCGGUUCAAAUGGGAACGGGGGCGCCUCACCUGUAUCGGCGUGUAUCUCGUAGAGACAGUAGCCGUCACUCAGCAUUUUCAGAUCAGGCCGGAACUUCUCCCAGAGAGCUUGGACUACCUCACGGGUGGAGGCGUUGCUGCAAAAACGAAGGCACUUGGUGGCCACGUUCCCUCCGGAGGGAUCUUCAAGGUAGAAGCGCAUCACUCCGUGAAACACCAGGUUCUAACAAACACACAAAACCGUGCUCAGUGUGCUUAAAUAUGCAAGAUUUUACACCUGGGGGGUCCAAAGCUUUUUACCAGCGAGGGCCGCAUAGUGAAAAAUGAAAUAGGCCAA